GACAAACGCGUCACUUCCCGUGGAAAGCUGUCUCGUGCUGCCCCGCGUGUUGUGUGAACCGGUGUGGGUCGCGCGGAGUCAGGUAACAGCGGAGAAGGGGCGGGCCGUGUAGCCCGCCCCCCACAAACACAGAAAGGAUGGCUGAGCCUGCUGGGGCCUCCAGCCGUCAUGAAAAAAGUUUAGGUCUUCUAACCAGUAAGUUCGUAUCGCUCUUGCAGGAUGCUAAGGACGGAGUGUUGGAUCUAAAAGUGGCUGCUGAUACUCUGGCGGUUAGACAAAAGAGGAGGAUAUAUGAUAUUACUAAUGUUUUGGAAGGAAUUGGUUUAAUAGAAAAAAAAUCAAAGAACAGUAUCCAGUGGAAAGGUGUAGGUUCUGGAUGCAACUCCAAAGAAGUAAUUGAGAAACUUAAAAGCCUGAAAGCUGAUAUCGUCAAUUUGGAUCUUAAAGAAAAGACACUAGAUCAACAAAAAGCUUGGUUGCAGCAAAGCAUUGAAAAUAUAAAGGACGAUACAGUAAACAACAAAUUUUCUUAUGUGACUCAUGAAGAUUUAUGCAAUUGCUUUCAUGAAGACACCCUUCUUGCAAUUCAGGCUCCAUCUGGUACACAACUGGAAGUUCCAAUUCCUGAAAUGGGUCAAAAAGGAAGCAAGAAAUAUCAGAUUAGUCUGAAGAGUCAGUCGGGGCCUAUCCAAGUAUUGUUAAUUAAUCAAGACUCCAGUUCUUCAAAGCCAAUUGUUUUCCCAGUUCCUCCACCUGAUGAUAUUCCACCAUCCUAUUCUCAACCAGAAAAAUCAUUAACUGCAUUAUCAGCAAAGUCAAGUAAACCAUCAACAAUACAGGAAGACUGUCCACAAAAUCAAGUGGUACCAAAUAACUUUUCACAGCCUGAAAAGUCAUUACCUGCAUUUAUUUUGGAUGAACAGUUACAAACACAGUCCCAGCUUUCACAGCAAAAAGUGGCACAAGAUGACUAUUUGCAGGCUACCUUAUCCAAUACAUUAACUUCAAGUAAACCAUCAGUGAAAGAAGAAAACUUUCCACAGAAAAUAGCACAGGAUAAUACUCUGGAGGCAGGGACAACCACAGAAUAUAACUAUUAUAAUUCACAAGAGAGCUCCGCUACAAGCAGUUAUACUGGCCUUCCAGAGUCUAUUUUAUAUGCUGCCCUUGCAAACGAUUUUACACAGCCUAACAGCUCCAGUGCAUACUCCUAUGUGCACACAAUGGAUGUUAAUACAAUAAAACCAAACUCUUUUGAUGUAAUGAAAAUGGACGAAUCAGAAGGGCCAAUAAGUAAUGAUAUCAUUGAUGAAUUAAUGUCUUCUGACGUUUUCCCGUUGUUAAGACUUUCGCCAACUCCAGGAGACGAGUACAGCUUCAAUUUGGAUGACACUGAAGGAAUCUGUGAUCUGUUUGAUGUGCAGAUAUUAAAUUAUUAGAUCUAUCCCUAUGGAUUCCAAACUACCUCUCAUCCUUACACUAAAUAGUCACAAAUACCAGCGGGCACUAUCAUUUUUAAUUUCCUUAAAUGUCUAUUUUUAUUUUGUACAUUUAGAUUUAAGAAGUUUAUAUAAUUUUAUAGUUUCAUAAAAUAGUCUGUUUUAUUGAAUAAUACUUUGGAUUAAAGGGACAUUGCAGUGCAAAAAUAAUGGGCUCUAUUUUGUUAAAACUUACUAUUUUUGCUUUACUUUCUACGUAAAGAAAACUCAGCCAUUAAUUAGUGUUGUGAGAGUGCUUUUUCUAAGCUGCUCUUAAGUGGGACUUUUUUUUUUAUGUGCUUUAACCCCUUUGCGGGGCUUGAAAUCACAGUUCCACAGUGAGUAGUACAAAAAUGUAAAUGCUCUGACAAACUGAAAUAUUUUUCCAUUACAAUGUCCUUUUACUAUUGCAAUUGAUGCAUUUAGGGUGAAAUAUAUAUAAUUUCACAAAAAAAUAUUUUUUUUAUAGCAGCCUUUUUGCACUGAAAGUUAGCGGAUUUUGUAACAUCACCCUAUUGAAGCAAUCCGAAUCUAAUUGUAAAACACCCUUUAAUUUAAAAGUAGAUAGCCUGGUCUACUAGAAACCACAUGGGUGCAUUUGGGUAUUAAACAGAAGCAAUUUUGUAAUAUACAUGCAUUAGCAAAAAUGCUUCUAAUAAAAGUUAUAGCUGUUUCAAAAGUGUAUUUAAGUAUGCACCGUGCACCGGCAUUUUAAGCACAGCACUUGCUUAGAGAGCCUAAGAUGCUUCUACUAUCUGGUAAUGACACAAUUUGUUAAUUGCUGACAUGAUACAAGCCCCACUGAUAAUCUGAGCAGCUGCAGUAUUUAAAAUGUGGCUGCAGUAAAGAUAUCUAGCUAUGCUUCACAUGCACGUGCAGACAUGUUACCACUAAAACAGUAAUAACUUUUACUAGAAGCAUUUUUGCCAAUACAUGUAUAUUGCAAAUAUGUGUCUAUUCAAAGAUGUAAUUAAUCUAUGUGCAUUUAAAUUUGACUGGAAUGUUCCUCUAAGUUGGUCAGAAUAAGAGCAGGGUAGCUAUUUAAAUAAUUGACGUUACUUUAAAGGGACAUGACACCCACAUUUUUUUCUUUCAUGAUUUAGAAAGAGAAUGCAUUUUUAAACAUCUUUCUAAUUUACCUCUAUCUAAUUUGUGUUAUUCUCUUGAUAUUCUUUGCUGAAAAGCAUAUCUAGAUAUGCUCAGUAGCUGCUGAUUGGUUGCUGCACAUAGAAGCCUCAUGUGAUUGGCUCACCCAUGUGCAUUGCUUUUUCUUAAAAUAAGGAUAUCUAAAAAAAUUAAGCAAAAUAAAUAAUAGAAGUAAAUUGUAAUGUUGUUUAAAUUGGUAUGUUCUAUCUGAAUCAUGAAAGAAAGAUUUUGGGUUUAGUGGCCCUUUAACUGCCAACAUUCCUGAAUUCUUUUUUCUAACCAAAAAGUGGAGGGAUUUGAUCUAGAGCACUGGUUUUCAAGCCUGUCCUCAUGCCUCCCCCACAGGCCAGAUUUUCAGGAUUACUUUAGGUGAGAGCAGGUAAAAUAACCAUGUUUACUAAUCGGCUUAUUAUUUCACCUGUGCUCUAGUUCAGAUAUCGAGGCCUUAGGACAGUGAUCUAUAGUAAAGGUUAGACUUGGUAUGUUCAAACUGCAUUUUGUGCAUUGCUUAGCAGUAACACUCAUAAAACCUGUAUAUAGUAAGGAAGGGUUUGACACUGAGUACUUAAAUAAGACCCUGUUCCUAGAAUGUUUGUUCUGGCUUUUUAUACACCCUUACCUGGUUCUUAAAAUACGUGGCUGGCUCCUAACAUUGAUUGAAAUAUCAGCCCCUGCAGUUACAUAACAGUUGAAAGUUAUGUGACUGUAGAAAGUGAACAGGAAAACCUAAAAUCUGUAAAUGGUGAUUCAAUGAAAGCAUUAAUUUUACUUUACUGUAUAAUAUUGUAAUUCAUUUGUAAAUAAAACAAUUUUCCUAGUACAAAUAAUGCCACAUGAAGAGGACUAUAAACUUGCAUACAAGAACUGACAUUAGUGACGGAGUUGCUGGCUUGAUGUUCUAUUUCAGUGAGGGUAAAGAGUGGUUGUAGCCAUACAUUUAAUUUAGUUUUUUAUCAAUGGUUCAAAAAAGAACAGCAAAUAAAUAUGCUGUAAUUUAGUGCCAAAAUGUUCCAGUGGAGUUGCAUUUUAUCUCCACAGUCUAGAGAGGUUUAAUUCUGCCUGCCAAACUUUAUUUUUUUUUGUUUCCUGUAAAUAUUCACUGCCAAUGUCUGGCCGAACCUUCUAAACCAGUUAUAUUGCAUUCUUUUUGGUCAGGUAGGUUUGUCAAGUGCCUUGUAAUCUAGUGUUUUACCUUUUCCAGUUUUAAAACCUGUGUGCAGUGUUUGUUAGCCUCUUCCAGCAUGUAAAUGGUUAAUCUUCUUACAUUCCAGUUUUCUGAUUUUGUAACUGCCAUGGCUGAAAUAAUGUGCCAAUGUUUGUAAUGUUCUUUUAAUAAACCUGUACAGACAAAUUUACACUGUAAA